AUGGGUCUUCUUCCAUUAACUCUUUGCCUCACCUUUCUGGUUAUGGCCACAGUAACAUUUGGUGUACCUCCUAGAAAGUCCAUUGAUGUUCCUUUUGGCAGGAACUAUUUCCCCACUUGGGCAUUUGAUCACAUCAAGUAUCUCAGUGGUGGUUCUGAAGUGCACCUUGUUCUUGACAAGUACACUGGCACCGGCUUUCAGUCCAAAGGUACCUACUUGUUUGGCCACUUCAGUAUGCACAUAAAGAUGGUUCCUGGAGACUCCGCUGGAACAGUCACCGCCUUCUACUUAUCAUCACAGAACUCAGAACAUGAUGAGAUAGACUUUGAGUUUCUCGGAAACAGAACAGGACAGCCUUACAUUUUGCAGACAAACGUGUUCACAGGAGGGAAAGGAAACCGAGAGCAGCGAAUCAACCUCUGGUUCGACCCUUCCAAAGCCUAUCAUUCCUAUUCAGUUCUCUGGAAUAUGUAUCAGAUUGUGUUCUUUGUGGAUGAUGUGCCAAUACGAGUGUUCAAGAACAGCAAAGACAUUGGUGUGAAGUUUCCUUUUGACCAGCCGAUGAAGAUAUACUCGAGUUUAUGGAACGCAGACGACUGGGCCACAAGAGGAGGAUUAGAGAAGACAAACUGGGCAAAUGCUCCUUUCGUUGCGUCCUACAGAGGCUUCCACGUCGAUGGAUGCGAGGCUUCAGUGAAUGCUAAGUUUUGUGAGACGCAGGGGAAGCGUUGGUGGGAUCAGAAGGAGUUUCAAGACUUGGACGUUAGCCAGUACAAGCGUCUCAAAUGGGUUCGUCAGAGAUACACCAUCUAUAACUAUUGUACUGACCGCGUUCGAUUUCCCGUGCCUCCUCCUGAGUGCCGCAGAGACCGUGACAUUUAG